GAACCAGAGCUCCGCAGAGUCCGGGACGUCGCGAGCACGCGCCCCGGGCAGUGGCCGCCCGCCCCCCCCGCUAGCUCCACUCGGACGGAGGAAGCGGGCCGGAGAGCCCCUCCGCGCUUCUGCGCUGCUCGUCCUCUCGUGAAACCGCUCCCCUCGAAGGAUUCCCGCCUGCCCUCCUCCUGACCCGUGCCGGGGCCUCGCCUCCACAGAAUCUGCAGAUUCCCGCAAAGCCUCUCUUUGCCUCCACAGAUAGCUCCUUUUCUCCUGUGAGUCAUGGUAGCCUCCAUGAAGGGCCAAGUGUGUGUGGUGACUGGCGCUUCCAGAGGGAUUGGCCGUGGAAUUGCCUUGCAGCUCUGCCAAGCAGGUGCCACAGUUUACAUUACUGGCCGCCACCUGGACACCCUUCGGUCCACAGCUCAGGAGGCACAAUCCCUUGGGGGCCGGUGUGUACCAGUGGUGUGUGAUUCAAGCCAGGAGAGUGAAGUUCGAAGCCUGUUUGAGCAAGUAGAUCGGGAACAGCAAGGGCGGCUGGAUGUGUUGGUUAACAAUGCCUAUGCCGGGGUCCAGGCGAUCCUGAACACCAUCAAUAAAUCAUUCUGGGAAAUCCCUGCCUCCAUUUGGGAUGAUAUCAACAAUGUUGGGCUCAGAGGCCACUACUUAUGUUCUGUGUAUGGAGCACGUCUGAUGGUACCAGCUGGCCGGGGGCUCAUCGUGGUCAUCUCUUCCCUUGGGGGGCUGCAGUACAUGUUCAAUGUCCCCUAUGGCGUGGGCAAAGCUGCGUGUGACAGACUGGCUGCUGACUGUGCCCACCAGCUACGGCACCACGGAGUCAGCUAUGUAUCUCUGUGGCCAGGGAUGGUGCAGACAGAACUGCUGAAGGAGUACAUGGCAAAGCACGAGCAACCUGAGGACCCUGUGUUGAAGCGGUUCAGGUCAAUUUUCUCAUCAGCAGAAACCACAGAAAUGAGUGGCAAAUGCGUGGUGGCUUUGGCAACAGACCCCAAUAUCCUGACCUUGAGUGGAAAGGUGCUGCCAUCCUGUGACCUCGCUCGACGGUAUGGCCUUCGGGAUAUAGAUGGCCGCCCUGUCCAAGACUAUCUUUCUAUAAGUUCUGUUCUUUCUCAAGUCUCCAGCCUGAGAUGGUUGGCCUCCUACUUGCCCAGCUUCCUCCGCAUGCCCAAGUGGAUUAUGACCCUCUACACCAGCAAAUUCUAACCUGACCCCGUAUCCCAAUUCUACUACAUACUCUUCCCAUUCAGGCCUGGGUGGUUGGGCCUGUCUGAAUGUAAUAGUCUUUCUCACCUACACAAGGCCUUGAUGUAAAGAGAGGGCCACUGUUGGGCAUCUGUGGUAAGUUCUAGAAGCCCUGAUAGAUCCUCUUUGUGCCUUGAUUUUCCCUGUCCCUACGUUUUAAUUUGUGCCUCAGUAUUAAAAAAAAGAAAAAGUAACUGAAUAGAAGCCAAUAAAGGUUUCGUUUCCCCUUCA